UUUGCGGCGCUAUGCCGCUGGGGGAGAUGACGAGUUCCUCGCCGACGCGCAGGCGUGCUGGGAGAAUUUCGUGGACGCCGCGGAGGCCACGUGGGUGGGCGACGUGCCGGACGACCCGGCGAUCCAUGCGCCGCUCCUCAUUGUCACCCGCGUGGAGGGCACCCAGAUUUAUUUGAAGGCUGCCGAGUGGGAGGAGGUGUCCUGGCCCACCGCCGCCCAGAAGGCCACGGCGACCAGGGGGGGGGAUCAGGAGUCCGACUUCAGCGACGCCGAGUCCAGCAUCGACGGCGCCCUCUCGUCGGAGGACUCAAAUGACAAGGAUGUGCCGGCAAUCGUAACUGAGGAGGAACCAGGGGCAGCCAGCGCAGACGAAGAUAUGGGAAGCGAACGCGCAGUGACAGAUGACGAGGAAGACUCCCCAGGCGGACCCGAGGGGGCCGGGCUCCUGCUGGGACACGCACCGCUUGGAAGAACGCGUCCUUCACGAUGGCACGGAACCGCAACUUCAAUGACGUGAAGAUAUCGGCGCGCCCUAGGUGGGCGACGGAGGCCGACCUGGGCGCGACCUUGAAGAGCAAGACCUGGCCCAUUGCCACGUACGACGGCCAUGCCGACGCGGGCCCGCCCACGCAGGCAUUCUUGGCCGGUCGAGUUCGGAUGCCCCAUGAGAUGCGCAAGGGCGAUUGGCAUUUGCAGCGCGGGGCCCGGCGGAGUUUCUUCAAUGCGCAAUGCCGCGCGCAAAAGACAGAUGCCGCCCCUGCGCCCCUGACAGCAGCAACCAGGGCGUUGUUCGUGGAGUGGUACCCCGAUUGCCUGCCCGGCGCGGCCCCGUGAGCGCAUCAGAGACGGAGCUGCGGCCCGGCCUUUCCUGCAGCGCAGAGCG